UUAAAGAGAAAUUUAUGGCAUUCAGUGCCUAUAUUAGGAAAGACAGGGCUACAAUUCACUGAUUUAAAUAUCCAUUGCGAGAAGUUAGAAAAAGAAUAGUAAGUAGAUCUAAAGAAAGAAUGUAGAGAGAGGUUCAUACAGUGCUGUUCUGGGUUCCCAUCGUAGCUUAAAGGGAAAUUUUCACAAUGUCCAGAAUAUUUGAUGUUCUCCAAAUGAAGGAAGAGGGUGUUCUCAAAUUCCUCGCAGCGGGAACCCACUCAGGUGGUACCAACUUGACUUCUAAGUGGAAUAGUACAUCUACAAAAGGAAAAGUGAUGGCAUCUUUAGCAUAAAUUUGGAGAGAACCAAGGAGUAGCCUCUGUUGGCAGCUCAGGCCAUUGUUGCCAUAGAAACCCAACUGAUGUCAGGGUCAUGAUCUUCAGGAAUACUGGCCAACGAGUUGUGCGGAAGUUUGCUGCCGUCCUUGGACCCCCCACUAUGGCUGGCCGCUUCACUUCGAGAGCCUUCAUUAACCAGAUCCAGGGAGUGUUCCAGGAACAAAGACUUCUGGUGGUUACUGCUGCCAGGGCUGACCACCGGCCUCUCACAGACGUGUCUGGUGUUGACCUGCCCACCACAGCCAUGGUAGAGCAACCCAUCUGCUGUACGUGGACAUCGCCAUCCCAUAGGCAAGGGAGCUCACUCAGUGGGUCUGAUGUGGAGGGUGCCACCCAGGGAGGUCUGCGCAUGCGUGGCACCAGGUCCUGGGUACAACUAGAGGAGGUCCUCCCAGACCUCUCCUUCCACAGAGAUUCUGAAGAGAUUGUAGGGCAGAGCAGACCGCUGCUGAAAAGGCUGUGACCACAGAGGAAUUUCAGAGUGAACGGACGGCUCCGGCUCCUGGA